CCGGGGCAGCGCCAGCCGUGCCGCCGGCUGUGCCCGCAUGUCCGCCCGCAGCCGGGCCCCGCUCCGCCUCCGCUCAUGCCCCGCCGGCCCUGUCUGUCUGUCUGUCUGUCUGUGCACGUGAGAGGAGAGGAGCGUGGGGAGGCCAGACCGUCACGUUCGUAGGAAGUGCCGGCAGCCGGUGCCAAGUGUGAGAGAAAACUCUGCCGUCUCUCGGGCUGCUGCAAGCGGACAGACCACCCCACAUAAUGCCAUCUUUUGAUGAGGUUUUGAAGGAGGCCGGGGAAUUUGGAAGAUUUCAAAAGAGAGUCUUUUUCCUCCUCAGCCAGACAGGCGUAACAUUUUCUUCCCUGUUCGCCAGUGUAGUUUUCCUUGGGCGAGCACCAGGCAACUUCUGGUGCAGGAUCCCCGGGGCAGCUGAACUGAGUGAACGAUGUGGCUGGACCCUGGAAGAGGAACGAAACUUCACGGUACUGCCCCUGCACCUGGGGAACGAGUCUGUCACUGGGGAGUGCGAGAGGCUGGAUGUCACCUGGGACGCCUCUGCCAGCUGCGCCAGCCCGCUGGCCCGCUAUGGCAAUGGCAGCUCGGGCAGGCUGCCCCUCGCCCCGUGCCACCACGGCUGGGUCUAUGAACAGCCCCGCGCAUCCAUUGUCAGCGAGUAUGAUCUUGUGUGUGGCAAUGCCUGGAUGGUGGAUCUCUCACAGGCCAUCCUCAAUCUGGGGUUCCUGGCUGGAGCAUUCAUCUUGGGCUAUGCUGCUGACAGAUAUGGCAGAAUCAUCAUCUACCUGCUCUCCUGCCUUGGGGUUGGGAUAUGUGGUAUCAUAGUGGCAUUUUCACCAAAUUUUACUGUAUUUUUGAUCUUCCGUUUUCUCCAAGGCAUGUUUGGCAAGGGAACCUGGAUGACAUGCUACGUGAUUGUGACGGAGAUCGUUGGUUCCGAUCAGCGGAUGGUUGGAAUUGUGAUUCAGAUAUUCUUUACCCUGGGAAUUAUAAUUCUCCCUGGAAUUGCAUACUUGAUUCCCACCUGGCAGGGGAUCCAGCUGGCCAUUUCACUGCCCAACUUCCUCUUCCUGCUCUACUAUUGGGUGGUUCCUGAAUCUCCGCGUUGGCUCCUGACACGCAAAAAGGGAGAGAAGGCAUUGAAAAUCAUGCGCAACAUUGCAAAACACAAUGGGAAAUUUCUCUCACCCCAUUACUCAGAGAUCACUAUUAGCAACGAGGAGGUCAGCAACCCCUCCUUUCUGGACCUGGUGAGGACUCCCCAGAUGAGGAGGAACACUCUCAUCCUGAUGUACGCCUGGUUCACAAGUGCCCUUAUCUACCAAGGGCUUGUCAUGCGCCUGGGAAUUAUUGGGGGAAACCUCUACCUAGACUUCUUCAUCUCAGCAGUCGUGGAGCUGCCCUCUGCUUUCCUGAUCAUCGUGACAAUCGAUCGCAUUGGCCGGCGCCUGCCCUUCGCCAUGGGCAACAUCGUGGCGAGCAUCGCGUGCCUCAUCACUGCCUUCCUGCCAGAAGAUAUCCCAUGGCUCAAAACAACAGUUGCCACACUGGGAAGACUGAGCAUCACGAUAGCUUUUGAAGUUGUCUAUCUAGUGAACAGUGAAUUGUACCCUACCACACUGAGAAACUUUGGUGUUUCCCUGUGUUCAAGUCUGUGUGAUCUUGGUGGGAUCAUAGCCCCAUUCCUGCUUUUCCGAUUAGCAGCCAUUUGGUUGGAGCUACCUCUAGUUAUUUUCAGUAUUCUUGCAGCUGUCUGUGGCCUCUUAGUAUUGCUUUUACCGGAGACAAAGGGAAUUUCAUUACCAGAGACUGUGGAAGAUGUGGAGCAGCUUCCAAGUCAUUUUGGAAAAUGUGGCAAGAAACAGAAACACCGGGACACCAACUCUUAUAUUUGACUUUUGAAGGACAGCACUGAGCUAAGAACUUUGUUCCCAUACUGGGAAUUUGUUCUCCACCUGCCAUGGCUUCAAAAUUUGCUGCAGAAUAUGGAUUAAACUUCACGUUUUCCUUGUAAGCACAAGGACAUUUAAUACAAGUAGUGUAUUUUUCUAUGAAUAUGGAAUAAAUACUUUUUUUUUUUUUUCUGAGUACACUGUUUGCAAGAAGAGACUGUGGUUUUCCACAGAGAACAGAACAGCUUUAAAAAUAUGGAAUGUGCAGCUCAGUGACCUUGUAUUUAUUUCUGUAUCUAUUUGAGACUUUUGUUUAUUGUUUUGUUAGGAUUUACAUUUGUGUGGGAAGGAUUUAAAUGGUUGUGUUUGUUUAGAUGACCUUGAGGAGGAGAGGAUGACUGUUUUAACCUGUCCUCCUGUGCCCCUGAAGAAUUUGGACCAAUAGAAGUUAUGAUGGCUGAAGAAGGAGGACACUGAUCAGGGUGACACUUUCCCUGGUUGAGAGGGGUGGAAAUCAGCAGUGUGCAUUGGGAGAACCUCUCUCUCAUCUGAUUGUCAUCCACAGGGACCCUUUUCAACAAGAGCCCUUCUUCCCUCCUUGUUCAAGGGCUUUCUGAAAUGUGGAAGCAGCCCUCCUCACCUUUCCAGGGCUUUAUGUAGGUGUCAUUCCCUGCACAGGGCAUUAGCUCUGCAGGACAGAUUGUCCUGCUGCCCAUUAGUGCCUUUCCCAGCACAGCUGGGGUUCGUGUGACACCUCUCAUCUCUCCAAGGGAAGGGCUUCUGCCUGCUCUCCUCGUUGAAUGCUUUUUCAAACACCUCUUUCAAGAGGAUGCUGAUUUUUUUCCUUUGCAAAUUAUGCUCUCUGCCCAUCCCUACAAACCAAAUUCCUGCACCCUCACCACUGCCAAGAUGACCUGCAAUUUCUGUUUUCUGUUCAUUAUCACUAUCUGUUAUCUUUCUGUCUUGGGGAUAAUUUUUGUGGGUUCUUGAUAGAGAUGUCAAGCUGUCUUGGGCAGGGAUGAGCCAGGAGUUUUGGUUAUGAAGGGAAGUAAGUGUUAAUUGGUUCUUUGAAGCUGACAUGUAACAGAAUAACUCUGGCUCUGUAAGCAGAUUCCAGGGACAGACUGCCUUUCCUUUCUCCUGUGUGAUCUUUGUCAAGAAUUGUGUCCUGGCCACUGACUGGUGAACAAUAUACUCCUUGCAGGGAAGGACUUUAAAAGAUGUGGCAUUCAAAAGGUAUCCUGUUACUAACAGAGAAAUAAAUAAAAGCAAGUCAGUGAGAUGUUGUAAAGAACCUUAUAAGCUCACAAAAAAACAUGUUUGGCACAAGCAAAUACAGGACUGAGUUUGGAAGGUUCAUACCACAAAUCAGUAGCACUAUGGUACAGCCAGUGAAAAUGAAUGACCACUGCUCCAGUCUUACCGUCCUAGGAGCCCAGCAGGAUUUCCUAUGGUGAGGGAUAUGCUGUGUUUUUCAGCAAUUCCCAACUCUCCCUGCCUUUUCCCAGCAACUGCCUUUACCACCAGCUCUUCUGGAGGAAAACAGGACCUUUAAUAAUAAUCCCAGCUUAAUGUUUGCACACUUUAGGCAGUUAGUGAUAAAGGCCUGUCUUUCAAGGCUGUUUCUAACUUUGAGGCACAGUAGAGGUCAAAGGUAUGCUCAGCAAAAGUCAGUAAUGACUUAGAGAUAUGAAACGAAAUUAACAUCUCACAAUAUAUACACCUAAUCUAGAAGACACCACACAAAAGUGGAGCUUCUGCUACCAGGAGAAAACUUCUAGACCAAUACAAUCUUCCGUAGAUAGCUGAAGACAAUAGGCCAAGGCUGGCUGGCAGGCACCAGCCCUGAACUGGAAGCUCUGGGCUUGCACUGGCCAGAUGCUGUGUCUCCCCAGCCCAAAACUCAGCCCAGCCAGCCCCUACUGAAGGCACCUUGGAGAACCAGGGUGAAGUGAUCACAUGUGACCCUGGAUGAGCUGAACCCCCCUCUUCCAUUUAGUGUUUCUUCUUUGUGAUUUUUUAAAAAUUGGUGUCUUAAGCACUUUAGCAGCUUGAGAAAGAUCGCAAAGAUCUUUUAAAGCUAUGACUUUCCAAAUAAAUGUGAAUAAUAUUUGACA